CUCUCCUCUCCCGCUCCAGCUUCAGCUCCACUCGGCCGGCCCCGCACGGUUCCGGGUAGCCAUGGAGGACACCCAGCUCCAUAUCAUUGAGCAGCCGCUUCCCGGGUACUCUGACACCGAGGACCCGGUGUCCUCCCCCGUGCGGGCGCCGGCGGCUGAGGAGCCGUCGGGAGCCGGAUCCGAGGAGCUGAUCAAGUCGGACCAGGUGAACGGUGUGCUGGUGCUAAGCCUUCUGGACAAAAUCAUCGGCGCCGUCGACCAGAUCCAGCUGACCCAAGCCCAGCUGGAGGAGCGGCAGGCGGAGAUGGAGGGCGCCGUUCAGAGCAUCCAGGGCGAGCUGAGCAAGCUAGGCAAGGCGCACGCCACUACGAGCAACACCGUGAGCAAGUUGCUGGAGAAGGUGCGCAAGGUCAGCGUCAACGUGAAGACCGUGCGCGGCAGCCUGGAGCGCCAAGCGGGCCAGAUCAAGAAGCUGGAGGUCAACGAGGCGGAGCUGUUGCGGCGCCGUAACUUUAAAGUCAUGAUCUAUCAGGAUGACGUGAAACUACCCGCCAAACUGAGCAUCAGCAAGUCGCUGAAAGAGUCGGAGGCGCUGCGGGAGAAGGAGGGCGAUGAGUUGGGCGAGGGCGAGCGGCCUGAGGAGGACGCGGCCGUGCUCGAGCUGUCGUCGGACGAGGCGGUGGAGGUGGAGGAGGUCAUCGAGGAGUCGCGCGCCGAGCGCAUCAAGCGCAGCGGCCUGAGGCGCGUGGACGACUUCAAGAAGGCCUUCUCCAAGGAGAAGAUGGAGAAGACUAAGGUGCGCACCCGUGAGAACCUGGAGAAGACCCGCCUCAAGACCAAGGAGAACCUAGAGAAGACGCGGCACACGCUGGAGAAGCGCAUGAACAAGCUGGGCACGCGCCUGGUCCCCGCCGAGCGGCGCGAGAAGCUCAAGACCUCGAGAGAGAAGCUGCGCAAGUCCUUCACUCCUGACCACGUAGUCUACGCGCGCUCCAAGACCGCGGUCUACAAGGUGCCGCCCUUCACCUUCCACGUCAAGAAGAUCCGCGAGGGCGAGGUGGAGGUGCUGAAGGCCACCGAGAUGGUGGAGGUGGGCGCCGACGACGAGGAGGGCGGCGCCGAGCGUGGCGAGGCCAUCGACCUGCUGCGCGGGAGCAGCCCCGACGUGCACACGCUGCUGGAGAUCACCGAGGAGUCAGAUGCCGUGCUCGUGGACAAGAGCGACAGCGACUGAGCGGGAGUUGCGCGGGGCUCAGCCCUGGAGGCCGCGCCACCCCGCUGUUCCCCGCCGUUCCCCUCCCCCGAUUCCUUUCCCUCCUGAACUUUCUCUUUCGCAUUCUUUCUUGGCCCCAAACGGGCUGAUAUGUUUCUAAAGUGAGAACACCUCCCCUCAAGGAGUAGCCCCCUCAAGUCUUACAGCUAUUAAGACGGGGGAGGGGGGCGGAGGCAGCCUCCACAAAGCACAGCCCCACUUUGGGCAUAGCCUGGGUGGAAACGGAGAGGGGAGUGAUCCAUGUCCUGGUUGUGCAAGUUGGGGAUCCUGGGGGAAAACGCUGUCGUUUCCAUAGUUGGCCCCCUCCCCCUGGGCCAGGCUGCCUUUUCCCCAAACUGACA